AUGACUUCUGAGUCAUCACUUGGUGGAGCAAGAGGACUUGAUGUGCUGCCCACAACCAUUUCUUGGUUUCGCAAUGGAGGUGAUAAUGAGACAGCAGAUUUACUAGAGAGAGUGGUUUACCCCGAAGAGGUUACCCAUUGUGCUGCUGGUGUUAAAUGGUUUAAGUAUCUUUGCCUGAGGGCUAAAAAUCCUACUUGGGAUCAGGGCAGCAUGGCAUCUCCAGGUGGGUCAGGAGCAAGUGAAAAAACGCUAGGGGAAAAUGGAGCAAUUCAGAAGUUUCACUCGAUAGUGAGGACAUACUUCAGGGGACCAUUGAAACCACCUUUCAAUGAGGAAGCAAGAAAAGCUGCUGGGUUUGGCCCUCAGUGGUAUGAACCACUUGCUGUCAAAGAGGUUAGCUCUAGAAUGGAAACAAUAUUGUAA